GAUUUCAUUUCGUAUAGAAAUUGAGGUGGUACUACAUUCUAUAUGCGUUGAAAUCUUAGGUGAUUUGAUCGAUCACUCUGUUUGAGCGUCGUUAAAUCUCACCAUCUUCUGCUGUUCAUAAUUUUUAACGUGCAUAUAAAAUGGCCAGUACUAUUUACAGGCCAUUGAAUAACACAAGCCAAGAGAUUCGAGUGAUCAAGAUUCUCCCUGCGAAUUCAGGACGGUUUGAUGAGGGACUAGCUUGUAUAUUUGAAUAUGUUUCUUUAGUGAAUGUCCUUGGUACCGGUUUCACUGCGUUAUCUUACACAUGGGGCGAUGUCGUUCAUGAUGAGAAUCAUCCCGGGGACGAGCAAAUAGCUAGAGGAUUUAGUGACCCCCCGAGAGCAUUUUUGCCUGAGCCCAAUACCGUUGAUGGAGUACCUGUAAGUAUUGGUAAAAAUCUCCUGGAUGCUCUCAGGUACUUUCGAUCUGAAGCGGCAGUAAGAACGACUCAGCGGACAUCGCCACAAAAGCCUCGCUUUACACCAGAGACUCGUAUUUGGGCAGAUGCCUUAUGUAUCAACCAAGAGGAUCUGACGGAGAGAAAUCAGCAGGUAUCCAUGAUGCAUCAAAUCUAUAAGCAUGCUUCUCGCAUAUUAAUUUGGCCAAGCAUUCCUUAUUAUGGAGGUCAAAAGGAACUUGCUGCCAUUAUUGACAGUUUUGGAAAUGAUCAUUGGAAAACUACUCAAUCUCUGCUGAGACCGCACAAUGCUAAGCUUAUUGCCAUUCUUCAAAACCCCCGAUUUGAUAAAUGCUGGGAAGCACUAGAGGAGAUCCACAACUCACCUUACUGGAACCGACUUUGGAUUGUCCAAGAGGUCCUGAGCAAUUCUGAAACCUGGGUAUACGUGGGCGAUGAGCUCAUUCCCCUCCUCCCUCUUCUCGCCAUAAGCCUAGCACUCCAAUAUCUAGAUAAUAGCGACAUUGAAACUCUUCCACCAUACACAACCCACAUCGUCGAAUCUGUUCAAAUUCCUAUCAAUCUACCGCUCCUAGAUGGCAAACUACAUUUUUCAGACCCAACAGCCAAACCUAUGGAGCUUCUCGAUAUUCUCCAAACAUUUCGCAAAUUCGAAUGCAGAGACCCUCGAGAUAAAGUUUAUGGAUUAGCCGGGCUUUCUAAUUCAUAUCACCAGAAACUGACGAUUGAUUACUCAAAGAGCGUGUCUGAAACAUACAAAGAUGUCGCUCGCCUAAUUAUUGAAACAACACAUCGACUGGAAAUAAUAUGCGCAGAUGAGAAAACAGAAUGUAAUUGUCCUUCGGGCUCACAUCAAAACAUAUCUUCACUACCAACGUGGGUACCGAAUUGGUCUUGUGUUCGGGAGGGGGUCGGUCCUCACCCUGGACUCCUAAGAGAUCGAACUGCGGAUCACUUGUUUCAGUGGAACGCCUCGGAGCAUAUGCUUAUCGAUGCAUAUAUUUCCAAGGACGGCAAUGUGUUGAACUGUAGAGGUAUACAUCUUGCUACUAUUACUCAUAUCAUACAUCCAGUGGAUGAUCAUGGACCUCUAGACUUUCACAAUAUAAUUGAACUGCUCCACACGACAUUUGGUAUCAAUAGCUCUAACCAAGUCGCGUUAUUUUCGGCGCUGAGAAAAACUCUUUUGAAAACUGGGUAUAUAGGCGAGCUUGUAUCGCAGCACCUACCAGUCCCGACUUUUCUCAAAAUAUGCCAUAUGUUUUUCGCUCAAACUUCACCACCGCGAGAGAAUGAUGCAGAGCUAGUGAGCAAAUUGUUUUACUAUCUCAAAAUGGCAAUGGAGGAUCGAUGUUUCUACACGGGUAUGACGAGCGAGGAGGAAAGAGGGAAAAGCGUAAUGGGUGUCACGUUUCCGUUUUCGAGAGAGGGGGAUGUGAUUGCUGUGCUGUAUGGAUGCAGAUGGCCUGUUUUGUUGAGGAGACGAGGAUCAGAGGAAACAGACGGGUUUAAUGUUCUGGGAGAAGUGUAUGUAGAUGGAUUUAUGAAUGGAGAAGGGCUAAGAUUGGGGAUUAGCGAGAAAGUUUUUGAGAUUUACUGAGUUGGACAAUGUGUCAGGAUUGAUCGUAAGCUUUUGGCCAAUAGGGAGGGCGUUUGUCGAUGGAGAGAACGAUCAGUCA